CCCGCUCCAGGCGGAAUGCAACUUUGCGAACAGUCUACCUCGAUUAAUAUUAGUACUCUUCGUCGACGCAAAGCAAUGACAUCGAACAGCACAAAGUACGUCGGGACAAGUGAACGAGGUUUAACGAAAGAAUUCACGUUCCCUGUUUCAUGGGGACUAGUGGCAGGAAAAACAUGGGGAGACAAAAAGAAUCCACCGAUUAUUUGUUUACACGGAUGGUUGGAUAAUUGCAAUACUUUUGAUAAACUUAUUCCAUUGUUGCCUAAAAGUUAUUAUUACAUCACUAUGGAUUUUCCAGGACAUGGUUUGUCAUCCCACUUGUCGAAAGGAAUGUAUUACACAGAGCUUGUCAUAUGCAUUGCUAUAAAACGACUUUUAAAUUACUUCAAUAUCGAAGAGGUAUCGAUGAUAGGACAUAGCAUGGGCGGAAACAUGGCUCUUCAUUUUUCUGCAAUAUAUCCUGAUAUCGUAAAAAGAGUUGUUGUUAUCGAUACCUUUGGAGUCUUUACAAUACUUGAGGAUACUUUGGCCGAUAGUUUACGGCGUUGGAUAAAGGACAACAUGCAACUCGAUGAUGCUGAACCACGCAAAGAAAAACAAUAUACUUACGAGGAAGCUAAAGCAAAAUUACUAGGUGCCAGUAGUCAUCUGAAUGAUGAAUCGGGAAAAAUUUUACUAGAAAGAUCUACGAAAGAACUGGAAAAUGGAAAGCGAACAUUCACAAGAGAUGUAAGAAAUUAUACCUUGUUACCAAUCGAAAGAACUUUGAAAACAUCAUUAAAGUUGGUUGAAAACGUCAGAGCUGAUGUUCUUUUCAUUGAAGCUGAUAAUGGGGUGAUCGCUGGAGUAAAAAACAUGCUCGCAAAAGAAUUCAGUAGAUCUCUGGACAUAUUCGAAAAAUUCUUCAAAUCGUUUAAGAUGGUAAACCUCGAAGGACGUCAUCAUUUGCACCUAUGCACGCCAAGUGAAACGGCGGAGGAAAUCACAACGUUCUUUCAGGAGCACCCAGUUCAUUCUGAUAUCCUCAGUAAAUUGUGAUUCAAAAUGGAAAAGCGUGAAAAACGAAAAUCCACCUUUCAACAAUCACGAUAGCUUUAUGAAAUGUAAUUUUAUUACUAGAGUCUUGUGAAAAUGUUUUGUUGCUUUUCUGAAUUUGUCAUUCAUCUAGUCUAGUGGUGGGCAACCCCUGGCACGCGUGCCAAA